AUGUUGAUCUCCGGACUUGCAAGAGUGGCACAAAUCAGACAUUCUCUGAGAGCACUAUUUUCACUAGCGUUACUUCAGGCAAAACAAAAAUUAAAUUUUGACGGUGUUUUUCGCACGCAAUUUGCUUUGGAAACGGGAGAACCCUCAGAAAAUGAUCAAAACAAGAAAAGGAUUGGAAGGGAAAUGCCAGUCAAGCCAAACUAUCGCGCCCCAAGAUUACCUAUUGUUUUAUGUCAUGGUAAUCGUUCAAUUGGUUUAUUUUUGUUUAUUUUCUUUUUGCAUAGGUUAAUUCAGAAAACUAAAGAGUACUUAUAUUUUUACGCAUACGACGCAUCAUACAAUGAAGGCCUUUUUGGUUUUGAUAAACUAGGGCCAGCCUCAAUUCCAUAUUUGCAAAUUCGAUAUUGGGGUAGUAUUCAAGAAGCUUUACAAAAACUUGGUGCAAAGGUGAUUGUUACUAAAGUUCCCAGAACCGGCUGUGUUCGAUCUCGUGCUCAAACUCUGCAUCACACCUUGGAAACAACUCUUCCCGGGAUGGAUGUGAACCUGCUUGCACAUUCAAUGGGCGGACUUGACUGUAGAUAUUUGAUUGCACAUCUUCCUACGAGGAAUUGCACAGUUCGCUCGUUAACUACGAUAUCCACACCUCAUUGUGGAAGUGCAUUUAUGGAUUGGUGCCGAGAUAAUUUUGGAGUGGGCGUAAAAUCGGUUGAAGCCGCAUCCAAAGCCGUGGAUGACGCACUUACACAAAUAACCCAAAAAACACGAAAUUUGGAAAUUUCUAAUACUUCAGAACAACGAAGUCCAGAGAAUCGCGAAGAGAAAAACACGAAAAGUGAUGCAAAAAACAAGAAAUCAUUUAGCAUACCCAUUCUUAAUUUUACACUUCCAGAUUUGAAUUUUAACCUCUCUCUUCCAAAUAUCAACCUCCCUAGUAUUAAUCUAUCUUCUAUUCCUCAGACUACGUCCACUCUCUUACAUCCAGUCACACGAUCCAUAAUACAAGCAUUGGACACACCCGCAUACAGUAAUCUAACAACAGAUUAUUGUACAAAUUACUUCAAUCCCAAUACACCAAAUAACCCUUCUGUCGCGUAUUAUUCAUACGGAGCUGCAAUAGAUAUUCCUAUUUGGUCGCCUCUUUAUUUUCCUUAUCAAAUAAUCAAAGCAAAAGAUGGACCAAAUGAUGGGCUAGUAAGUGUUAAAUCAGCACAAUGGGGCAGAUAUGUUAAAACCGUAGAAUGCGAUCAUUGGGAUUUAACCGAUAGAUGGAGGAUUAAGUUUGGAUCAAAUUUUGAUCCAGUUGAAUUCUACAUAAGUGUGGCAACAUUCUUGGCUGCAGAAGGAUAUUAA